GAUAUGGAAGAGACAAAGUCGAGAUUCAAGCGGAUUUGUGUGUUCUGUGGGAGCAGUUCAGGGAAGAAAGCUAGUUACCAAGAAGCUGCUGUCGAGCUUGGGAAGGAACUGGUGGAGAGAAGGAUUGAUUUAGUCUAUGGAGGUGGGAGCGUGGGAUUGAUGGGUCUUGUUUCUCAGGCAGUUCAUGAUGGUGGGCGCCAUGUUCUAGGAGUUAUUCCGCGGAGCCUAAUGCCUAGAGAGAUAACUGGCGUAACAGUUGGAGAAGUGAGAGCUGUAUCUGAUAUGCAUCAGAGGAAAGCUGAAAUGUCUCGUUUAGCUGAUGCCUUCAUUGCCCUCCCUGGUGGCUAUGGCACCCUGGAAGAACUGCUGGAAGUCAUUACGUGGGCUCAGCUUGGAAUUCACCAAAAACCCGUGGGCCUCUUGAAUGUAGAUGGGUUUUAUAAUUCCUUGUUGUCUUUCAUAGAUAAGGCUGUUGAUGAAGGCUUUAUCUCACCAAUCGCGCGUCGCAUUAUUGUGUCUGCACCAACUGCCAAACAAUUGGUCAGGCAACUUGAGGAAUAUGUUCCAGAGUAUGAUGAGAUAACAUCCAAGUUGGUUUGGGAAGAGGUGGAUAGACUAAAUUAUGUGCCUGAAUCAGGAGUUGCUACGUGA